AUGAGUCCCAGUCUUGCCGGCAAGGUUGCAAUUGUUACUGAGAGGGUGGUAGCCAUUGCAGACCUAUCCAAGGCCUCAGCACAAAGUGCAGCUAAAGAGCUGUGCUGCAGUGCUUUUUGUAUCGAUAUCACUCAGCAAGGCGAUUGGGAGAGACUUCGAAAGCACACAGUCGAAACGUUUGGAACAUUGAACAUCAUUGUCCAUAACGCUGGCACCACGUACAAGAACAAGCCCACAGAGCAAGUCACUCCAGCCGAUUUCGAUUCGGUCUUUGAUGUCAAUUUCCGCUCCAUCUUCCUCUCGACCACCACUCUGGUACCGUGGUUUUGGGAAAAAGGCAGGUCUGCAAGCUUCAUCAAUGCGGCGACAGACUGA